GCAUCAUCGUAACCUUCCGCCUGUGUUUGUGUUGGUUUCACAGUUUCUCAGCUCUCUUGACAGAAAUGGACUGUGCUCAAGGUGGUAAAGCAUUUGGUCUUCUAAAGUCUCAGCAGGAGGAAAAGCUAAAUGGUAUCAACGAGGCUUUUCUCACAGAUCCUAAAUAUGAAGGAGAGGAAGACCUGGCCUCAAAGCUUGAAAUGUUUAAAAAGAAAUACAUGGAGUUUGAUCUCAACGACAAAGGGGAAAUAGACAUAAUGGGUUUGAAGAGGAUGUUGGAGAAACUUGGAUUGGCCAAGACUCACCUGGAACUGAAAAAAAUGAUGGCAGAGGUGGUUGGAAGUAGCUCAAAAGACACUAUCAGCUACAAUGACUUCCUCAAUAUGAUGCUGGGAAAGAGAAAUGCAAUUUUAAAACUGAUCUUGAUGUUUGAAGGCAUGGCAAAGGAAGAAGAGCAGAAAGAAGUUGGACCACCUCGUCGUAAAACCUUUUCAGACCUGCCCUGACCUUCCAUCCGAGCUGAAUUCUGUCAAUAAACCUCCCCCCCCUUCCCCCCGCCUAGAUUUUAAAAUCAAUCAAAGGUAAAGUUGUGAAAAAAAUGAAACAUGAAGUAAAAUGUGCAAUUUUCACGAAGAGAUGUAAACUAGCCUGCAUGUACUAGAACUGUACUGUUCUAGGUGUUUGUUCAAGUACUCUGAUAAUGUGAAAUGUACAUGGCAGUGGCAAAAUAUGUGAUCAGUGUGGUUCAUGUUAGAAGGUCAACAUUUUUACAAGUUCAUUAAAAAUUACGUGGUUAAACAGUCA